UGCUGCUGCUACUGCCUGAGCUGCUCAUUCUCCAGCAGCACUGCUUCCCUCACUAGAUGGUGUGCAAGCCACCCGAGACCUGCACAGCCCUCUGCACUCCUCCUCCUGCAGGAUCUCGGGGUUCCCAGGCUGACAGGGGCAGCCCCAGCAGUGAUGGACAUGAUGAUGUUGGUGCAGGGUGCUGCUUGUUGCUCUAACCAGUGGCUGGCCGCUGUCAUCCUGAGUGUUUGCUGCUUGUUGCCCUCCUGCCUCCCAGCUGGACAGAGCAUGGACUUCCCAUGGCCAGCAGUGGACAACCUGGUCGUCAGGCAAGGGGAGACAGCAAUGCUUAGGUGCUUCUUGGAAGAUGGUGCUUCUAAAGGUGCUUGGUUAAAUCGAUCAAGUAUUAUUUUUGCGGGGACGGACAAAUGGUCAGUGGACCCAAGGGUGUCCAUUGCAACUUCACCAAUGAAAAAGGAAUACAGCCUGCGGAUACAAAAAGUGGACAUUUCAGAUGACGGGCCAUAUACCUGCUCAGUACAAACUGAACACAGCCCACGAACGAUGCAAGUUCAUCUCACCGUUCAUGUUUCCCCAAAGAUCUACGACAUCUCAUCUGACAUGACGGUCAAUGAAGGAACCAACGUAUCGCUAUUGUGCUUGGCCACUGGGAAACCAGAGCCAUCUAUAUCCUGGAGACACAUCUCUCCAUCAGCUAAACCACUUGGCAGUGGCCAAUAUCUGGAUAUUUAUAGCAUUACAAAGGACCAGGCGGGCUUCUAUGAAUGUUCUGCUGAGAAUGCAGUCUCGUUUCCCGAUGUGAAGAAAGUCAGUGUCAUCGUUAACUUUCCUCCCACUAUUUUGGAAAUUACACCGACUGGAGUUUCCCUGGGGAAAUCAGGAUUAAUCAGAUGUGAAACAGCAGCCUCUCCUUAUCCAGUCUUCGAAUGGUACAAAGGGGAGAGAAAACUCACAAAUGGCCAGAAAGGAAUAACUAUAAAGAAUUACAAUUCACGGUCCAUUCUCACGGUUUCCAAUGUAACAGAAGAACAUUUUGGCAACUAUACGUGUGUAGCGGUAAACAAGCUCGGUACCAGCAAUGCCAGUCUGCUGCUCAACCAAAUUAUUGAACCUUCCACUUCUAGUCCUGUCACGAGUUCAGCUCCAAGCACAGCUCAAUAUGGAAUAACAGGAAGAGCGGAGAUUCUAUUUUCAUGCUGGUACCUUGUGUUGACGCUGUCCUCCUUUACCAGCAUAAUCUAUCUGAAGAACGUCAUCACACAAUAAACAUAGAACCACAAAAGGCUUUAACUAUUCCUACUGAAAGUGCUGAUGAGAGGAUGCAAUCUGGUACAGUUUGUUUGAAGCAGUGUGGGAUAUAAUCAGCAAAGCUUACAUGGGAACGAUCAGUUCAUUAUGUAAAUACCUUAAUUCUCCUCCUCCUUUGAUUUGCUGCAUUACGUCGUGAAGCAGUACAUAUUGUCCUUUUUUUAAAACGUGAAAGCUCUGAAAUUACUUUUAGAGGAUAUUAAUUGUGAUUCCAUGUUUGUAUGCUACAACUUUUCAAAAAGCAUUCUGUUUCAGACCUGCUACUCUAGGUGCAGGUAGCAGUUUACAAAAAAAAAUAAAAAAUAAAGAGAAAAAAAAAAAAAAGGAAAAAAAAAAAGGGGAAAGAAAAACAAAAAAUCAACAACUAUUGCCGAGAAAAUGAUAUGCUUUAAAGCUCCAGGCAAGUAUUCCGUUGCCUUCGGAAAUAAGAUUUUGAACUCAUGUGUAUCAAACAUUUUUUUUUUUCAUUUUUAUUACAAAAAAAAAUAUUGCCUUCAAAAGAUUUUUCCUGUUACAUUUAAGCUAGAUCUACUGCAAGUUUAAUAUUUGGGAUCUCAACAGUCAGUAUUAUAAAUUAAAAAUUAUAAUAAUAAAAAAAAAAAAAACUGCAUGGCGCAGUUCAGAUUUCUACUUGUGUGUAUCGCAUGGCUGUGCCUUCAUAAAGUUGUAAUAUUUUUUUUAAUUAUUCAGAUGGGUUUUUCCUAGCUUAAAGGGUCAGUCUAUAAAAAAAUAAAAUAAAAACAAAAGUUAAAAUGUACAGAACAUAUUUUUAGGAAUUCAUAUCAUGAGACCACCCAAGUGUGAAAGACUUCUAUGUUUGCUAAUUAAAAUAUCCAUACCUCAAACAGUGUUGAAGAGCAGUGUUAAAACCCAUGCAGAGAAUCCAAGAUCAACAGAUUCUCCAAUGUAACAUUCUUUUGUUGGCAGAAAAUAAUACCCAAAAGAAAAACGCAAUAGUGUCUCUUGCCGAGUUUCUUGGCAAACGGCACCUACUACAUUCAUAUUUUUGCAGUUCCCUAAUUAUAGCACAAUUCUCAUAUGUGUUUUGUGAUUUCAGAGCUAUUUCUCUUCGGAAGUAUUAUUCAAAAUUCUUUAAAAAAAAUAAUAAUAAUAAAAUGUCGUGCAAAUGAGACCGUGACAAUCCAUUUUAUCAUCCAUCCAAUAAUUCAUCGAAUCUGUAUUGUUUUGCACUUGAUUUUGUACUGAAUUUGUGAAACUAGCUAAAAUAGUCAAGAAAAAAGUGGAUAUAUUUGGAAUUGGGUCUACUCAGCGGAAUAAAACUCUGGUAAAAUUAUAUAUAA